AUGGAUAUUUUGGCCACAGUAGAAAAAAGGCCUCAUGUCAUCUUUGUACCAUUUCCAGCACAAAGCCAUGUAAAAGCGAUGCUCAAACUAGCAGUGUAUCUCCAUCACAAGGGACUCCGUAUAACGUUUAUUAACACGGAGAACAUCCACAAGCGUUUGCUCAAUUCUGGGGGUCUCCACUGCCUUGAUGGUUCACCUGGUUUUCGAUUCAAAACCAUUCCUGAUGGCAUUCCUAGUAAUUCUGAAGGUGACUAUGGAGGCGGCAGAAUACUGGAUUACUUUGAGACCAACUUCUUGACUCCUUUUGUUGAUCUUGUAGUCAAACUUCCAGAUACUCCUACUUGUAUCAUCUCUGACGGCUGCAUGUCGCUUUUCACCAUUGAUGCUGCUAAAGAGCUCGGAAUCCCCAUCAUGUCCUACUGGACGUUUUCUGCUUGCGGCUUCAUGGGCAUGUACCAGGUCCAGUCUCUCAUUGAUAAAGGACUUGUACCUCUCAAAGAUGAAAGUGACUUGACAAAUGGAUAUUUAGAAACCGUUAUUGAUUGGAUUCCAGGAAUGGAAGGAAUCAGGCUAAAAGAUAUGUGCAGCAUCAUUCGGACCACAAACCUGGACGACAAAGUUUUGAACUUCUGUAUUAGUGCUUCAGCAAAGUCUCACAAUGUCAUACACAAUAUAUUCCACACAUUUGACUCCUUGGAGACUAGUAUUGUCAAUGCUUUCUCUUCCAUGUUUCCUCAGGUUUACACGGUUGGACCUCUGCAGUUACAUCUUGAUCAGAUAUCAGAAAAUGAAAAACAAACUAAAAUGUCGAGUUUCAAUGGAUACAGCUUAUGGAAAGAAGAAUCCGAGUGCCUCCAAUGGCUAGAAUCCAAGGAACCAAACUCUGUAAUUUAUGUGAAUUAUGGGAGUUUUACGAAAAUGUCUUUACAAGAUUUAACAGAAUUUGGUUGGGGACUUGCUAAUAGCAGCUAUUAUUUCCUUUGGAUAAUUAGAUCAGAUUUGGUUGUAGGAGAAACUGCAGCUUUGUCUCCCGAGUAUAAAGUAUUUAUAGAAAACAAAGGUUUCAUAGCAAGUUGGUGCUCACAAGAAAUGGUCCUGAACCACCCUUCAGUUGGAGGGUUCUUGACUCACUGUGGUUGGGGUUCGACAAUCGAGAGUUUGUCAGCCGGGGUGCCAAUGAUAUGUUGGCCUUACUUGUGGGACCAAGUUACCAAUUGUCGUUAUAUAUGCAAGGAAUGGGAGGUCGGGUUGGAGAUGGGAAAUGAGGUGAAAAGAGAGGAAGUUAGUAAGCUUGUACAAGAGUUGAUGGGAGAAGGAGGUAAUAAAAUGAGGAACAAAGCCAUCGAGUGGCAGGAAAAGGCUCGAGCUGCAACACGUUCUGAUGGUUCAUCGGCCCUGAAUUUGAGCAAGCUUAUCGAAGAAAUCGUUAUGCUAUCAAGGAACUAAAAGUUUCACAUAUACUAUUAGUCUGGAGUUAAAGAAGGUUGAGCAACUCCAACAAAUUGUAAGCUACGGAUGUGUGUGGC